UUAUGAGUGUGUCCUGACUCUUCUCACAGGCUCCUGGAUGAAACUGCGGGAUCGUCGGAUCUGUUCUUCUCUCAGUGGAAGGGAGCGACCAAGCAGACUGACGUCUACAUGGACGCGGACGAGAGGGUGUCAGCGAGGAGGAAGGAGCCACAGCCCGUCUCUGAUGACGCUCAGAGGAAGUUCGCCAACGCCAAAGCCAUCUCAUCAGACAUGUUCUUUGGGAAGCAGGACAAUGCAGAGUAUGAAGUGCUUGAGCGCGGCUGGAGAAUUUCUCGGGCAGUUCAGCGAUCAGCUCAGCCGAUCUGUUCGACGAGCAGAAGAAGGCAGCAGGUGUGUGAUUAGUAGUCAGUUGGCCUG